AUGUCGACACCCUCCAGCGCCGCGAGAGGCGUGAACGCUCAGCUUAGCUGCACGAACUGCCGACACAGGAAGAUCAAAUGCGACAAGACACAGCCCUGCGCAGCAUGUGUCCGCUCGAAAAUCGACUGCACAUUCCCCACAGAGCGGCUGCCUCGAGGCCGACAACGAGGGUCUCGGAACCGCAACGCCGAGCUCUUGAAGCGCCUCGACCAACUAGAGGGAAUUGUAGAAAAGCUUGGAGGAGAGGCGAGCGCAGAGAAGCAGCAGAAGCCAGAUGCGGGCCUCGAGGCUGCUAGAGCCUUCCUACGUACACCGCCCAGAGGAUCCCAGAGUCCGCAACCUACAGAGGGGCCCAGUUGCAACCUGAGGCCUAUCGUCAAGGCUGAUGGAAGCCGGUACUUAAGCGGCGACUUCUGGACCAGCCUCAGCCAUGAGGUGGACGGGUUGCGGCAACUGCUGGACGAGGUGUCAGACAACGAAGGAGACUCAGCCGAUAACUCGCCCAGUCGGUUACACAAGGGCAGCAGGCCGUUCGAAACUCCUUUUGUGUUCGGCGAUGGCGGUGAGCUGAAGAACCUACGGUGGCUGCAUCCUUCGUAUGCGCAUGCCGCUGCUCUGGUCGACGUAUACUUCACCAGAGUCGACGGGCUGUUCAAGAUACUUCACAGGCCUACUGGAAAACCUUCGAUGCUAGAGGCUGCUGCAAAUCUCGACUCUAUGCCCCAGCGUAAUAGCCAGGAGGCCUUGAUGUUCGCGGCCUAUUUCGCCGCCAUUACCAGCUUGUCAAAUGACGAGUGCGUCGAGCUUUUUGGGAGGGAUAAGGAGAGUUUGUUGGCUCAGUACAAGUAUGGCGCUGAGAUUGCCCUAUCAAAUGCCGACUUUCUGAACAGCAUGGAGUUGCGCACCCUGCAAGCCUUUGUCCUCUAUCUUCUAUGCCUCCGCAACCACAACGAAUCACGAUCGGCAUGGACGUUAAUCAGCCUAGCCGUCCGAAUAGCCCACGCGCUCGACCUGCACCGCGACGGCCCAACGCUAUCGUUCUCCCCUUUCGACACCGAGAUGCGGCGCCGCCUGUGGGGGGCCUUGAUCGUCCUCGACGUCCGCGCCUGCGAAGACCGCGGCUCCUCCCCCCUAAUCUCAGAAAACACCUUCACCACGCACCUGCCCCUCAACAUCAACGACGAGGACAUCAGUCCCGAGAGCACCGAAGCGCCAAAAGAGCACAUCGGCUGCACAGAGAUGACGUUCUGCCUUAUCUCGCACGAAGCCUCGCUACUAGCGCCUUGGCUAUCUUUCAGACCCCCAGCAGACGGCGCGCACAGCGGCCAGCCCAUAUCGCGCAAGGAGCUGGAAGAGCUCAUCAAGCAGUUCAGCGACCGGCUCGAGACGAAAUACCUCACGCACUGCGACGUCAGCGUUCCUAUCUUCUGGUUCAGCGCCACGGUCGCGCAGAUCGUCUGCCGUGACAUGUUCCUGCAUGUGCAGUAUCCGCUGCAGCCGCGGCAGUAUUUGCCUCGCUCGCGGGCGACGAAGGAGAGCAUCUUGACCGCCGCCAUCGAGUCGUUGGAACUGUGUGACGCGAUUGAGAAUCAUCCCGUCGGCCAUAUCUGGGGCUGGUUCUCGGCCAUGUACGUGCAGUGGCAUGCCCUCGCCGUCGCGCUCGCAGAGCUCUGCGUGCAGACCAGCGGCCCCCUCGUAGACCGUGGGUGGGCGAUCGUGGACACGUUGUUCGAAAAGUACAGCGAGCGGGUCGCGGACUCGAAAAAGGGGUUGCUAUGGCGCCCUAUCAGGAAGCUGUACGCCAAAGCCAAGUCCGCCCGGCUGCAGAACUCCGCCACAGCCCAAUCCUCAGCUUCAGCUUCAGCUCAACCCCAAGGCCAAUCCACAGACACCGACACCCCCAUGACCAACCCGCCCCCCCUCCACACCGCCGCAGCACUGACAUCCCACCUCCCACCGGACUUCCCCUUCCUCUCCCCUAACAUCCACUCCCACAUCGCGCCUCACGCACCGCACGACAUUUCUCUAACCGGACCCCUCCACAACCUCGGCACGGAUCCGACCUUCGACCUCCCGCUUCCGGUACCCAGCAGCCGGGACCUCGACCCGGGCGGCCUGCCAACCGCAGCCAUCAACGGCAUGAGUCUGGACCCGGAUCCGUUUGGCGACCAGACGAGCUGGAACGACUGGGACGAGUACCUGCAGGCGACGUUCAGUGCGGGCGGCAUCGGGCACGAGUCUGGCUUUCCUUGGGCGGGCGGGUUUGGGCCUUGA